UACGCCUAUACGGACAAACAACUUCGUGGAAAGUUUCCAUUACGUACUUUUUCAUAGAUUUGGUGGAAUACAUCCUAAUAUUUGGCAUUUUGUUCAUGAUUUAGGCGAAUUGCUUCUCGAUCAAGAGAUAAAUAUUGGGAGAUUAGCGGAGGGACGUAGCGUAAAGAGAGUACGCGUCCGACAUAAUGUACGGCGCGACAAGCGUAUUGCGGAAGCACAAGCCUCUUUGAGCUCAGGAAGGCUUUCGCUGAGAGAAUUUCUGCAAACACUUAGCAACGUAUCGCAAAUGCCCGAGGAGAGCUUUGAUUUGCAAGCUCCAGACAGUCUAGACGACACCCUAGGAUAUCAAGAAACAAUAGAUAGCAAUCUGUUAGACACGCAUACAGCAGCACCGAUUAUCGACGAAUCGGAGCCGGAUUCAGAACCACUAUUGAUGGACAAUAUAAGGACGAACAAGGACUCACCUCAACGUAGUCGCGGGAGACUACGUCUUUGCAGACGUGGUUGCAAUCUGCAGAGAGCAGCACCGAUUAUCAACGAAUCGGAGCCGGAUUCAGAAUCACUAUUGAUGGGCAAUAUAAGAACGAACGAGAACUCACCUCAACGUAGUCGCGGGAGACUACGUCUUCGCAGACGCGGUUGCAAUCUGCAGAGAG